UUCUUAAAGCACAAGAAGAAGUCCUCGGGCAAUAUCAACAAGAGCAGACAUGUCUGUGAUGUGUUCAUGCCAUCUGUCAAAACAUUGCUGGCAGACUGAGAAUUUAACACCGACAUUAUCUUUAUUUAUGCCGUGAAGUUAUCUCGCGUCAGCUUCAGUUAUGCAGAAAGAUCACAUAACCAUGGCAGCUCAACCACCCUGUCUGCCUCUGAGGGAAUUUUGCCCCCUUUACUAUCUGCUCAACUCCAUACCUGCAAAAGUCCAGAAAGGCUUCCGUUCCAUCCUCGUCUAUCUCACAGCUCUGGACAGUAACAGUGACUACAUCGCAGUGGGCAGCAGCAUCGGCAUGCUGUACCUUUACUGCAGGAGAGUGAGCCAGAUGAACAAGUACAACCUGGAGGGGAAAAGUGAGGCUAUCACAGUAGUGAAGUUGCUGAGUUGCUUUGAUGACCUGGUGGCUGUUGGUACCGCCUCAGGCCGUGUCGCACUCUUUCAGCUGGUGUCACAGCUGCCAGGCAGGAAUAAACAGUUGAGGCGCUUUGAUGUCGUAGGCCUGCACAAGAGCACCGUGACAGCAUUAGCAUGGAGCGCUAAUGGCAUGAAACUCUUCUCCGGCGAUGAUAAAGGGAAAGUGGUCUAUUCCGCUGUGGACCUGGACCAGGGUGUGUGCAACCCUGUGGUGCUGUUAGAAGAGCCUUCAGCCAUAGUUCAGCUGGAAUACAGUCAGAAAGUUCUUCUUGUUUCUACCUGUCAGCGCGCUCUCGUGUUCAACACUCAAGAACAAACUCUCCAGCAACUGGGCACCAAACCCAGAAAAAGCAACGGCAAGUUUGGAGCUUGUUUCCAGCCUGCUCUGUGCAAGCAGAGUGAUCUUCUGGUGUACGCAGCACGGCCAGGCCUUCGUCUCUGGAGAACAGACGUGCGUGGACGAGUACAAGAGACGCACGUACUCAAGCCACUCUUUAACCAGGAUGUGCCUCAGUUCGAGCUCUUCCCUCGCUCAAGCCCCAGCGGAGCAUAUCGGCCCAGUGAGCGGCAGCUGGGGCUGGUCACCUGCUUUCUCAAGGAAGGCUGGGUGCUCAGCUGGAAUGAGUACAGCGUCUAUGUAUUGGAUUGCACCAACCAGGUCAUCGUCGGUGGGAUGGAAAGCUGUGGAGACAUAGUGUCUGUGUCUUGCACAGAAAACGAGAUCUUCAUUUUGAAAGGAGACCGUGACAUUAUGCGCAUCUCCAACUACCCUGAGGGACUGGUCUCCAACGUGUCAGAUCUGUCCUAUCGCCUAACCUCCCCUCUCUCCACCCCGACCGUUUUGCUCCCCGCAAAUGGUGCGGUGGAAAUGGCUCAGCCUAUCAGGACUGUAGCUAUCAUUGCAGAACCAGAAGAGCGACCCACAGGAGCAGAGGAGUCUGAAGAGGCACAGGAGGGAUUAAAAGAGGCACAGGAGGAGUUCAGCCAGGCACUGGAAGCACUAGAGGUGCCGGAGGAGGUUGAGAACCAGAAGAAGACAUCAAUGGACACACGAAGCCGCAGUAGCUCCGUCACAUCAUGGGAGAGCACACAGGGAGCCUCGGAGAUGUCCUGCAGCCGCUACAGCACCAUCACCCAAGAGGAUUUUCAGCAGGAGCUAGUUGUCAAACCUGUGAAGUUGAGGAGGAAGGGCAGGAGGAUAAGACAUGAGAGUGGGAACUGUGUGAACGAGCACAGCAGCUGGUCAGAGAGCAUGUACAGCCAGGAUGGCUUGACCAGCGACGGCAUCCCCACACCUGCCAGCGAGCCACCCUCUGACCGCACGAGCCUCCUGUGCAGCAGCCUGGACCUCCACAGCAACGACUCUCCCGAUCACGAGGGCUCAGUGUGCAUAGAGAUGCUCAGCACCGAAACAUUUUCAGCAAAGAACUUUUCAGAGAAAACCCAGAUUCAGGACCAGGAGAGCAGUGAGAGCUCCCUAAGAAGCAAAGAAGCAGAUGUUCAGCUGUCAUGUCCCACAUCCCUCUGUCUACAAGACAUGGACUGCCAGGUUUACAAUGACCCUGCCAAAGCUGAGGACAGCAAGGAGCAAACAAGCAGCAUGCCAGAUGUAGACAUGCUGCUGGAGUGCACUUUCUCCUACAUGCAUGCAGCUAACGAGAAGCCUGACAUGGAGGAACCGUCUGAGAUGCAGAAUGCAGAGCUUCAGCCUAAAGAUGAUUCAGAAAGGAACUUUGAUUUGGAUUUACCAUACUAUUCCAUAAGGCCACUUCCAUAUUCCCCAGAACCAGAGCCAGAACCAUCACCCUCCAGUGACGAAGAGGACAUAUAUGCACAUGGAGUGCCAUGUAGUGCCAGCCUGGGGGACGGCCUCAGCAACGCAGGCCUACAGACUUCUACUGUGAAGCAGACAGAGCCGGAAGACAUGCGGCUCCACAAAACAGAUCAGUUGGCCGAGAGCUGGAUGGGCUACAGUGGGCCGGGCUGUGGCAUCCUCAGCCUGGUAGUGACUGAGCGAUACAUCUGGUGCCUAGAUUUUAAAGGAGUCCUGUACUGCAGCAGCCUCACCAAUGGCAGCCUGAGCUGGCAGAAAUAUGAAGAGAAUGUCCAGCAGGUGGCUUUAUCGCCUUCUGGCUCAUUGCUAUGGAAGGUGGAACAGAAGACCAUGACAGCCUAUGCCUGUGGAAAAGUGACCAUCAAGGGGAAAAGGCACUGGUACAAAGCCCUGGAUGAGACUUCCUUUGUGGCAUUGAGUGAUGACACAGCCUGGAUCAUACGCACCAGCGGAGACCUUUAUCUCCAGACAGGGCUGAGCAUGGACCGGCCAUGUGCGCGCUCAGUGAAGGUGGACUGCCCAUGUCCCAUGGCACAGAUAGCAGCACGGGGCAGUGUGGUGUGGGCACUGAGCGAGCAAAGGGUUCUCUUCUACAGAGAGGGACUCAGCAGCUACUGUGCAGAGGGUGAACAGUGGAAAUACGACAAAGUCAGUGAGACUCAGCGUCUGGAGCCCAUCUGCAUUGCCCUGGGUGAGAACAACACACUGUGGGCGCUGGACACUAGCGGUAGCCUUUGGUUCAGAACCGGGGUCACAGCUAAGAAACCCCAGGGUGAAGAUGAGCACUGGUGGCAGGUGAGCAUCACAGAUUAUGUAGUGUUCGAGCAGGGCGGCCUCUUCCAGACACUGAUCCAGGCCACGCAGAGUGUCGCCACAGCCACCAAGGCUCCCGUGGAGCGAGUUGCCGAGCGCUUGCGUGUGGCAUUCCUCUGGCAGCAGUCUCAAUGUCACCCAAGCCUGGUCAGUGCCAACCGCAGCGGCGUGUGGAUCGCCUCGGGUCGCAAUGACUUCCACGUGGCCAAGGGCAGCCUUAUUGGGACAUAUUGGAGAACUAUUGUUCCCCGGGGGCUUGCAUCUGCUACUAAGUGGGCAUUUGUGUUUUCGUCAGCAGUUUCAGGCAAAGACGGGAGUUUUCUUUGGCUGGGUCAGAGCAGGAAAGACUUGUUCUGCAUUUGGGACCAGGACCUGCAGAUGCGUCCUCUCACUGUCCAACUGCCUGCAGACGUGGAGAUUGUGCAGCUGUCAGCCUGCAGAGACGCUCUGUGGGGUCUGGACCAGCAUGGCCGUGUCCACAUUCGCACACUCACAGCCAACUGCCCCACCGGCCUCCACUGGACACCUCUAGACCUCAGCCAGCUUGGACACGUGAGGCUUCUGAGCUUUUCCUGUGGCAGUCAGAAUGUGUGGGCAUGUGACUCCAAUGGCAUGGUGUAUUUCAGAGUGGGAACACAACCACUAAACCCCAGCAUGAUGCUUCCAGCCUGGAUCUGCAUCGAGCCACCUGAGCAGCCUGUAGGUGUACACUUAGUACGUGUUCAGACCAGUCCUAACGACCGCAUGCUGUGGGCUCUGGACAGCCGCUGUAAUGUACACGUGCGCAUUGGCAUAACCGAGGAGAUGCCAGUUGGGACAGCCUGGGAGCACAUUCCAGGGCUCCAGGCUAGUCAGUUAGUGCUGAGCACAAGAACUGCAUGGGUGCGCUGUCCUAAUGGUGAGAUGGCUCGACGAUACGGGAUCUCAGAAAAGAACCCAGCCGGGGACUACUGGAAGAAGGUGCCAGGCUUGGUCAACUGGCUGACAGUGACUCCCAUGGAUGAGGUCUGGGCUGUUACUCCAACUGGUGCAUUGACACAGCGCCUCACCAAGACCCUGCCACACAACACCGGCAAAAAUCACACCAACACAGGCUCUCUCAGUGGGGAAGAACUCGAAGAGGAGUGGGAGGUGAUUUAGACAGCUGUGUUGUGUGUUCUUGUAAAAACAGUUAUGUUGUUUUUUGCUAGUGAGCACUUUUCCCCCUUUUUUUUUGUUCUGUUCUUAACCUGUGUACAGAGAGACUGUCUUUACAGAUUGUACAGAAUUUUUGAUGGUUAGGUUUUGAAGGGAUGUCUCAACAAAAAAUAUUUGUUUAAUUAACUUAUUUUAACCAUGCACUAUUUAACUUUUUACCCAGAAUAUCAGGAGCCGUUAUGAUUUUCUUUUUUUUUCUUUUUUUUUUUUAUUUAUUAAUAUGAAAUGGUCUGGUCAGUAACACAAUGCAUACGAUGAGCUGUUUCUGCCACAGGUAUGAUUACAAAAUACAAAUCAGCAUUCUAAUGCUAAACAUUUGACGAAAAUGGGCUCUGGUUCAAAGACAGGAAUGGGAAAGGGACAGAGACUAAAGUCUGAUCUUGAUGUAAAACAAAUAUGUGAAAGGGUUGGUCAUUAAGAGCAUUAAUUGAUUGCUCUUUAAGGCAAGUGAUAUCAAGUUAAUGGUCUCCUUCUCUGUGAGGUCCAAGUGAUACAAUGCAGAAUGUGUAUGGUGAUGUAAAGUGUACUGUUUUGAACUAAAGCGUAAUGUUAACUUAUAAAAUGUACAAAUGUACUUUUUCUAACUUACAUGUGUGGUGUAUAACAUCUAUUAACACUAACUGUCUAGCUUUUUGCCUGAAAAUGCCAUUCUGAAUUUAGUGAAUUGAUAUAUCUGUGGCUGAUUAAGUGAAACAGACAUAAGCAUAAUCAAUUUGGUUCGUAAUCAGAUACCGGCUGUCAGAAUGUCCACACAGAGCCACAGUCUGACUGGACUCUUCAAAUGUGAUUUUUCUCCCUUUUCCCGGUUUGGGAGCAGCCAGAUUUUUACAUUGCCAUUAAGAUACAUGCAAAAGAGAAAAAGUUCAGGAAAGUCUGUAGUUUUCAGAAUAUACCAUAUAAAGCAGAAAGUAUUAACAUUUCACCAUAGGAAGGGUUUUUCCAGGCCACCACACAUGUUGUGAAGCAACCAGAGACAUGUCCCGAAAUAAACCGAAAGUCUAGUUAAACAUGUUUACAAUAACAGUAUGCUGAGCGUAACACUUACACUUUAGUGUAAUUGUACAGCCAAAAACAUAAUGUGGAUAAACAGGAAGCUUGAAGCAGAAACCUUACUGACACAGAAGUAAAAUUACUGGGACCAAAAGUACUUAUUAGUGGAUUUUGAAUUCCAUUCUGAUUAAUCUAGUGCAUAUUUUCAUUUUCCCAAUUUUUAACCGCUGUACAUUGGGAGAGCUUCAAAUGACUGAUACUGAGCAUUAAGGUCCACCACUUCGUAAUCAACAUAAGAACUUAUAUAAUGUCCUGUUCAAUGAAGAAUGAAGGAGGAACUAUUUUACUAAUAUUUAUCGAUCUUUGCUUCGACACAGAACUCACCCAGGAAUGUAUGUAAAAAUGAUCAAAAUUGGUAGUAGCUACUGAGAGCUGUUACCAGUAUUCAUUUCAUACUAUAAGGCACAAGGCAUGCUUAAUGCUUAGUUAUUCACAUACCUGCUGUUUGUCGGUUCAGAUCCGCUGUGUGCAUGAAUGAUCAGACGCUGGAAAAGGAGAUGAAGAGGUGUAUAUUUUUUAUCUUUUCAUUGCUGUAACUUGGUUCACUUGGUUAUUAGUAGACUGUUAAUGUGUUAAUGUGACCAUCUACAGCACUCUUCUAAGCCACCUCGGUUCAUAGAAACUUUCAUAGUCCAUUCUGAGUGAACUGUAAUGUUGUACUGGCAACUUUCAUUUAGAGAAUGCACUUUAUUAAGAAAUAAAUAAAUGUGUCAAGUGUAUUAUAAUUUAAUAAGAGGCAUAUAUAAUAGUACUCUGUGUCUUUUUUUUGUAACUCACCUUGUGAUUUGUCUGUAAAUUUUUUUUGUAACAGACAGCUCAGAAAUAUUAUGCAAAUGAACUAUGGUAAGUACAUCAACAUUGCAUUAGUAGUGCAGUUGUUUGUGGUUGUUUUACUUUUUAUCUGUGAUCAUUUGCCUUUUAUUUGGGGCCCUCUGGGGCUCUCAUGUCCUCUUUUCUUCUCCUCUUCUCCUCUGACCACUAUGCUGUUGGUGAAAAUGAAAUGGGAUACACUAGCACUCAUUAUAGAGCACUGAUGUUAUGCGUAUGGUAUAUUAUCACUAAUACCAUUAACCACGCUUUAACUGCUGCUGUCAUCACUUUAUGCUGUCUAUAUGAACUUCAAGAAUUAAAAAAAGAUGUUUACCAAA